UGCGAAAGGGAGCCUCCCAAACAGUUGUGGGCUUGGUAUUUGGAUGUUACUCCCUGGUUACUCUGUCAGCUGCACCUCUACUUGGCACAUUUAUUCCAAAUAUUGGUGCUAAACUCAUGUUCUUAAGUGGAGUGUUUCUGUCAGGAUUAUGUAGCAUUGUGUUUGGGUUCCUUGUAAAUGCACCAGAUGGAGUCCCUUUUAUAAGCCUGUGCUUUGUAAUUCAGUCCUUCGGUGCCAUUGGCUGUGCAUCCAGCAUGACCUCGUCCUUCACAAUACUCGCACACACUUUUCCAAAGAACAUUACUACUGCUCUGGGAGUACUGGAAUUGUUCUCAGGGCUGGGAUUUCUACUUGGUCCUCCUCUUGGAGGCUUUCUAUAUGCACUUGGAGGGUAUGAGGUUCCAUUUAUCGUUGUCGGAUUCCUAGUGCUGUUAACUGUGCCAGUGAAUAUGAUUAUUCUGUUAUCUGUCCAAGGUAAGAGCUCAUUUUCUUACCACUUGCUUCUUGUUACUUAUCAAGCCUUAAGAUCUGACAAAAGCCUUCAUCACUAA